AUGUCAGAUUUAAGGAAAUUAAAACAAACCAGAGCCCGCGUAAAAGGACAGAUAACACGAAUUGCAACCAGCAUAGAUGAAACAAUUAUAGUAGCACAAGCAACAGUUAAAUUAAAGAAACUCGAAGAUUUUUGGAAUUUAUUUGAAGAGGUUCAAUUACAAAUAGAAGACAAUGAACCGGAAGAUCCAGAUCAACUUCAAGUGUUUCAAAGAGAAUGCGAACUUGAAAGGCAAUUAUUUGAGGUUCGAUAUUUUGAAGCAGCGGCUAAAGCACAAGAAGUAAUCGACAGAGGUACAACACAAGUACGAGAAGCACGCCACAUGGAAAUCAGAAACAACACGAUACAGGGAAAUGAAGCGGUUCAACAUCGACGCAAUAAACCCAAGUUACCUGAGAUCAAGCUCUCAAGUUUCAAUGGAGAAUAUACAAAAUGGUUGUUUUUUAAGAACAGCUUUGAAACUACCAUACAUCAAGACAACGAUUUGUCGGCCAUGCAGAAACACCAAUAUCUCGUUGGAGUAUUGGAAGGAGAGGCAAGAAAGGUCGUCGAGAGAUUCACGAUCAGUAAUGAAAAUUAUGAGAACGCGUGGCAGUUACUUAAAGAUACGUAUGAUAAUCAAACGAUGAUAAUUGAAACUCAUUUGAAUGAACUUUUGGAUGUUCCAGUGAUUUCAAAGGAUAAUAAGGCGGAUUCAUUAAGACAAAUGAUAUGGCAUAUUCAGACACAUAUCGCAUCAUUAAAGGCGCUGUCACAACCAGUAGAAUAUUGGGAUACCAUUGUUAUUCACGUCGCUAAGAAGAAGCUCGAUUUUAUAGAGCAACGAGAUUGGCAGAAUCAUGUCAAGGAUCGAACACCAGAAAACAUGCCGACAUUAACGGAUUUUAUAAAAUUUUUGACAGAACGCAGUCAUACGUUGAGAAUGUUCGGACAAAAUAAACCAAAGACAGUAAAUACAAAACAGAUAUUACAGAAGAAAAAGAAAGAAGAAAGGGUCGUUUUAGCAUCAACAGCCACGACAAGUAAGUGCAGGUUAUGUAACGGAGAUCAUCUUAUCUUCAAAUGCGAAGAAUUGCAUAAAUGUUCACCUAAUGCAAGAAGAAAAUUAUUGAUCGAGAAAGGACAUUGCCUUAAUUGUUUGAAUCAAGGACACAUCGCAAAAGAUUGCAAGGCAUCUUCGUGCAAGAAAUGUGGAAGCAAGCAUAACACAAUGAUUCACAGAGAUGAUACACUAAAAGAAAAAGAACAUUCAGAAUCAACGACGGUCGUCAAUCAUAGUGUGAUUGCAACUAACGUACAGGAUGUGACACGUAUUUAUGUUGCAGGAAAACAUAUGUUGCAAGUUAUUCUUUCAACCGCUCAAGUGUUUGUACAAGACUCGGAUGGAAAUUUAGUGACAUGCCGAGCUUUAUUGGAUCCAGGUUCACAAUCCAAUUUGAUUACAGCCGAUUUAGUGCAAAGGUUAAAAUUGCAGCAGAUAAAAAGAAACACAAUUAUUAGUGGCGUCGACAAGGUAACUAGUGAAGCAAAUCAUAUUGUUCAGCUUUCUAUUAAGGCGAUACACAGCAAUUACAAGGCGAGUAUUGAAUGUUUUGUUUUGCCGUCAAUAACAGAGUUAUUGCCUCAGUUGAAAAUAAAUGUAGAAAAGCUUGUUAUGCUUAAGGAUGUGCAGUUGGCAGAUCCAACCUUUAAUGAGCCUGGAAAAAUUUACCUGCUUAUUGGAGCGGCUUUGUAUUGGAAAAUUGUUAUCGGUUCUCCUAGAAAUUAUAUUGAUGGACAGCCAGCAUUGCAAAAUAUACGGCUUGGUUGGAUUAUAGGAGGAGAAGUAACAGUGAAAUCGUCAUGUGCAACGUCGACUUGCCUCACCGUGACCAACGCUCAAUUGCAGCAACAGCUUCAGAGAUUUUGGGAACAAGAAACGUUAUCAGAAGGUCGUCUUUACACCGAGGAAGAGAAGCGUUGUGAGAAGCAAUUUUUAGAAACAACAACGAGAGAUGCUGAUGGUAGGUUCAUUGUGAGACUACCCGUUCGUCCAGGAAUUAUUCUUGGAGAAUCUAGAAGUCAAGCACAGCGGAGAUUCGAGCAAUUAGAACGCAGAUUAGUGAAACAGCCACAGAUCAAGCAAGUAUAUUGCGAAUUUAUGCGCGAGUAUGAAGAACUUCACCAUAUGAUAUUAGUUGAAGAUUUGGAAUCUUUGAAGAAUAAGGAAAGUUAUUUUAUCCCUCAUCAAGCAGUGGUUCGCCCGGACAGCGUAACAACCAAACUUCGGGUGGUGUUUGACGCAUCAGCCAAGACCACUUUUGGUACGUCGCUCAAUGACAAGUUAAUGCCAAGACCUAAUUUGCAAAAAGAUCUUUUGCAUAUUACACUUCGAUUUAGAGUUCAUGAGUAUGUUGUGACUGUGGACAUUAAAAAAAUGUUCAGACAGAUUUUUAUUCAUCAAAAAGACCGAGUAUUACAGCUUAUCUUAUGGAGAGAGGAUGCAAGAAAACCAUUGCGCGUAUACCAGUUAAAUACUGUUACAUAUGGUACUGCAAGUGCUCCGUACCACGCUAUGAGAUGCUUAAGGGAACUCGCCACCAUUUACAAAAGGGAGUAUCCGGCAGCAGCAAGGAUACUCGAAGAAGAUAUGUACAGAUAA